CGCCUGCAUGGCGCCAUGCACUUCGACAGCCACAUCCGCUUCAACCUGCCCCCGCAAGGCUCCAUCCUGGCCCGCAACAUGUCAACACGCUCCUGCCCGCCGCGCACUAGCCCUGCCUCCGACUUGGAGGAGGAUGACGGUCCUGCGGACAGCAGAGGGGAGCAAAGGAGCUCGGCGCUGAAGCUGCCCAAGAAGAAGGCUUGGCGCAGGCACACAGACGACCCCAGCAAGGAAUGCUUCACCCUGAAGUUCGACCUCGGCAUCAACAUCGAGGCGGAGAUUGUGCCGGCCCUGAAGAAGAAGUCCCUGGGGGAGAUUCUGCUGCCAGUCUUUGAGAGGAAGGCAAUCGAGCUGGCCAAGGUGGACAUCUUCCUGGACCAGUCCCACACACCACUGUCCCUGCAGUUCGAGGCGUUCCGCUUUGGGGGGCACUACCUGCGGGUGAAAGCCAAGCCUGGGGAUGAACUGAAGCUGGAGCAGGCAGCACAGGAUGCCAAGUCAGUCAGCCUGCCCAUCCUGCGCCCUGCCAGCACCACAGUCCCGGUGGCACAGCGGCACCCAUUGCGCAGUGCCAGGUUCUGCCCUGGGGGACACCAACUGUCCCUGCUGCAGGCUCCGGGUCGGCGGAGGAAGAACAUGACGGAGUUCCUGGGGGACAGCAGCAUUUCCAGCCCUGAGCUGGUCCCGCACGGCGGUGGCUCCCUGCCUGCCAAUGGCACUGACACUUGGAAGAACCGCGCUGCCAGCCGCUUCAGUGGCUUCUUCGGCUCUGGCACCAGCACCGGAUCCUUUGGGCGGGAGUCAGAGAAGCUGGAGCAGCUGAUGAGCCGACUGCACGCCUACGGCACCUUUGGGUUGCCCAAGUUGCCACCCCAGCUCUGCUUUGACCGUGAUUCCUGGGAGGAGGACGGGGACGAGGCUGGCCUGGCGCUGGAAGACAGCUGGCAGCAGAUCAUCCAGGGUGCAGAGGCCCUGUCACGUCGGCAGUGCCACCAACAGGAAGCCAUCUGGGAGCUGCUGCACACCGAGGCCACCUACAUCCGCAAGCUCAAAGUCAUCACAGAUCUGUUCCUCUGCUGCCUGCUGAACCUGCAGGAGUCUGGGCUGCUCUGCGAGGUGGAUGCUGAGCGGCUCUUCAGCAACAUUGGCGACAUCAUUCGGCUGCACCGGGAGCUGUGGCGUGGCGUCAUGGCCCCGGUGCUGGCCAAGGCGCGGCGGACUGGGGCUCCACUCUGCCCCAUCGACUUCCUUGAUGGCUUCAAGAUGUUCGGCUCCCUCUUCAAGCCCUAUGUGCGCUACUGCAUGGAGGAGGAGGGCUGCAUGGAAUACAUGCGGGCGCUGCUGCGGGACAGUGAGCUCUUCCGCGCCUACCUCACGUGGGCUGAGAAGCAUGAGCAGUGCAGCCGCCUGAAGCUGAGCGAUAUGCUGGUCAAGCCCCACCAGCGCCUCACCAAGUACCCACUGCUUCUCAAGUCCGUGCUGAAGAAGACCGACGACCCACGUGCACGUGAUGCCAUCACCACCAUGAUUGGCUCUGUGGAGCACUUCAUCAAUGAUGUCAACUCACGCAUGCGGCAGCGGCAGGAGCAGCAGCGCCUGGCAGCCAUCCUCAGCCGCAUUGAUGCUUAUGAGGUGGUAGAGGGAAGCACGGAUGAGGUGGACAAGCUGCUGAAGGAGUUCCUGCGGCUGGAUCUGACAGCCCCCAUCCCUGGCACCUCACCGGAGGACACCAGGCAGCUCCUCCUGGAGGGCAGCCUGCGGAUGCGGGAAGGUAAAGACAGCAAGAUGGAUGUCUACUGCUUCCUCUUCACUGACCUUUUCCUCAUCACCAAGCCUCUCAAGAAGGCUGAACGCACCAAGGUGGUCCGGCAGCCCUUGCUAGUGGACAAGGUAGUCUGCCGGGAGCUCAGAGACACAGGGUCCUUCCUCCUCAUCUACCUGAACGAGCUGGGCAGUGCCGUGGCUGCCUACACUUUCCAAGCCAGCGGGCAGUCACUGUGCCGCAGCUGGGUCGAGGCUGUGCGCAAUGCCCAGAACCUGCUGCAGCAGCUGCGGCAGCGCCGGCGCCUGGAGGAGGCAGAGGGGGAGGAGGAGGAUGGGGAGAGCAGCGCUUCGGCCGCCAGUUCACCCACAGUCCGCCGCCACGGCAGCACCAGCUCAGACUCACAGCAGUGCCUGUCCAAUGGCUCCACCGAGACCCUCGCCGUGGUGGCAGUGGAUUGUGGCGAUGAGCUCUCCUCCCCAGACUGGGAUGCAGGGCCCUUCAGCUCAGCCUCGGAUGGCUCCUCUGUGGGCACCAGCGCCUCCAUCAGCACUGGCACCUCUGCUGACACCCCCACCUCGGCUGAGACCCCCACUCAGGAGCUGCUGGCAGGAGCUCUGCCGGUUCCCCUGUCCCAGGGGGCAGACACCGCAGCCAGCGGCUGCCGCUCGUCCUCCAUCGACAGCGCUUAUGGCACCCUGUCCCCCACCUCCCUGCAGGACUUCGGCCAGCAGCCAGAGGGGGUGGCUGAGGAGGGCCGGCAGCCCCUUUUGGCAACCCCAGUCCCAUGUCCCUCCUCACCCCGGCUGCGCCGCCGGAUGCCUGUGCAGCUGCUGCCCUGCCCAGCCAGGGUACUCAAGUCCAAGUCCGAGGCCAACUUGCCCCAGCUCGUGCCCCCUGGCUCCCCAAGCCCCCUUAGCCAGAGCCGAAGCCUCUCUGACCUCUCUGCUGGCCCCCCCUGGACUAGCCAAGCCCCAGGCCUCCUGACUGCCCCCAGCAGCAGCAGCAGCUCCACCUCUGAGCUCUCAGAGCCAGAGGAGCCAGGGGAGAGUCCUGUACCCCUCCCAGGGGAGCUCAGCUGCAGACCUCUGCCCACUGCAUACCGGACCCUCUCGGACCCCCAGGAGGCACAGCACCGCAAGCUGACGCUGGCACAGCUCUACCGGAUCCGGACCACGCUGCUGCUGAACUCCACGCUGACCGCCUCGUAA